AUGCCAAGAUCAACCCAGAAAACUGCUACCAGCUUAUCCUCUAAUCCUGAUGGCAUGGUUCACAGUAGCGAAGAUGGCUUGAAGGAUUCCAACUUGGCUGCCAUUAAUCGUAGCAACUUCCCGGCAGGUUUCAUAUUUGGGACUGCAUCAUCUGCUUAUCAGUAUGAAGGUGCUGCAAAUGAAGAUGGUAAAGGACCAAGUGUAUGGGAAACCUUCACUAAAAACUUCCCUGCCAAUUUGGAGAUAACCAUGAAUGAGCCACUGACCUUCGCUACUGACACUGGUACCUUGGAGUGGGUCUCCUCUGAGUGCAUUGGUGGUGUUUCUAGCACUGAGCCAUAUAUAGUAGGGCACAAUAUGCUUCUUGCUCAUGCAGCUGCAGUCCAAAGGUUUAUGGAGCCUUUAAAAUCUGGUAGAUAUCCAGUUGAAAUGGCCAGCUACGUUCAAGAACGACUGCCUCAAUUUUAUGAAGAACAAUCUUUAAUGCUUAAAGGGUCUCUUGAUUUUAUUGGAAUAGAUUACUAUACUUCAACUUAUGCAAGUGAUAUUCCUUGCAAUACUGAAAAUUUAAGCUAUUCGACGGACUAUUGCGUUAACCUUACAAGCGAACGAAAUGGAAUUCCAAUUUGA